AUGGGCGCGCUGGUGCACGUGGGCGUGGAUCUGGCCGGGGCGGGCGCGGUGGCCUCCUACCGCGCGGAUCUGGUGGCUUGGCCCGUGUGCGCCUGCGAGGUGCGCCGCAGGCGUGGGCGCGCGUGUGCUGCACGGAGGUGCCUCCCGUGGGCGGAUCCAGGUCUGCUGGGCGCGCUGGUGCGCGAGGGAGCUUCAAGGGCGCGGUUCUUGGCCAGAUGCGGGCGCGUGGUGGCGCGGGAAGCUGCUCAAGAGGCGCGGUGGUGCACCCGCUGGGUCGCGUGA